AGCCAGUUUUGCCCAAGUAGCUCUCGAAGGUCUGCCAGGCCGCGUCACAUGGCGCUACGUAGGCUGAACAUUCACCUACGGCGUUUGGGACAAAGAGAGGCGCAGAUUGCGAGCAGGCGCAGCGCUUCCGCAAGGUCAUGGAUUUCGUCGCAGGUGUCAGUGGCUACCGUGCUGCAGCGAGCGGAGAAUGUGCUUCCUUGCUACAACAUUGUAGAGCACCAGAUUCGACCGCAGAUCGAGCAGAAGAACGAGCGCUGUGCCCAGUCUGCGAGCUUCACUCACACCUUGAGGUGGUCCUGGGAUGGCAAAGAGUUCGCCAUUCAAGGCACGCACCGGACCAAGCGCGGCGCCAAGAACGAGGCCGCCCGCCAGCUCCUGCAGCAUCUGGCGCGGGAAGAGGCGGAGCUGCUGGACCCACGGCAGAAUGGGGCGGUGGCGCAAUGGGUCAUCGGGAACAUUACCGAGAAGCUGGACGCCAGCUUGGACGUGAAAGAGGAGGCGCCUGAGCCAGACGAGGCGAACCCGCACCCCGAGAAGAGCCACGUUUGCACUUGGACCUGCUCGCAGAUCCAGGGCGAGGUGGUGGGCACCGGCUCGGCGCGCGCGGCCGCAGACAGCCGGAGGCAAGCCUUCAUGGCGCUGUACCAAAAUCUCCCCUCCGCGGUGGAGGAGGCCAUUUUGAAGGUUGAGGCGGAGGCGAGUCAGCCAUCAGCAUCUGUGAAGGCCAAAUCAGCCACGGAUCGCCAGCGCAUGGGUGAAAUCAAUGCGCUGCACAACAACGUGGUCCAGAAGCUCAACAUCCGGGCAAAGUGGGACACAGAAAAGAGUUCAGAAGGUUUUGUGUGUAAACUCACCUGGAACUUCUUUGACCAGGAAGGUGGUCGUAUGUGCACAGAGGAGGUCACUGCAACAGCUUCCUCCAAGAUGAUGGCAAAGACCUUGGCCAACGAGCAGAUGCUCCGCCAGCAGAAGCAGAUGCCGCUGAUCUCGGACUCCGACCGAGGGACGAUGGAAGAGAUCAAGCAGGCCUUGCGAGAGCAGCGCGUGCAGGAGGCGUGCAUGAAGGCGCAGGAUCUCAUGGAGGCUGCGGAUUCCAGCACCUGGUCCUUCUUCCUUCCCCAGCUGCUGCGUGCCGUGCUCGGCGAAGGGGACCGUCAGCAGAUGCAGGAUCUGCUGGACUGCACCCAACGGCUCUCCGAGCAGCAAGGGCUGCCUCUGGAUGUUUGGGAGGCCUUGCUGGACGAGGCGAGCUUUGCCAUCAGACACUACUUCAUGGCCUUGCCGGCGCUGCGGCAGUUGGCAGGCUUUUCACUUGCGGACGCCUUCCCUUCAGAUCUCGAGAAGGAGUACUUUCGGCGCUUCCGGCAUUUGCUGGCGCUGGAACGGCACGGAUCGUUGAUGGCUGGCAUCCAGACCUACGAGUUGGAUCCCUCGACCGCAUGGGGUGUGCCCACAGUGGAAAUCCACUUCUGCGAGGCGGACAGAGUGUCUCUGACGUCUUCGCCGGGGAGGAACAUUAACGAGCUCGUGGAGGGCGCCCGCCCAUUGCGGCCCACGGACUUGGCUCUGAUGGUGCCCAGCGAAUAUGCCGAAGAGACGCCGAGCCCAGAGGAGGGCAACAGCAUCAGCUGGCAGCACCCGGAAGCCUGGCUGGGUAGCGUCACCUCAGUGGCGGGCAACCCACGCAUGGGCGAGGAGGUGAAGAUCCAGGUGCGGCGCAUCUCGGACUUCGCCUCCGAUGUGGAGCUGCAGGAGUCCGGAGCCGGUCCCAGGCCAUCGCCCAUCACCAUCGGCCGGGAGUUCCGGCUCUUCUUCUUGGCGAUGGAGACGCCUCUGAGCCGAGAGCUUGAGGCGCUGCGGAACCUGACGAAGGUGAAGCUCCCCGUGUGGAGCGAGAACUUUGAGUCCAAGCCCAGCUACCAGUAUUUGGAGGGCAUCCAGCAGAUGCUGGUGAGCGGCCCGGAGGAGGCCUUGAGGCUGGCCAUGGAGCCCGCGCGGGGAGGCCUCAGCCCGGAGCUUGCGCGAUCCAACAUGGAGACCCUGGCGCGGCAGCACGCGCUGAUCGCCAGCCUCACCCCCUCUCAGAGUGGAGCUGUGGAGAAGGCUUUGGGGCAGAGGCUGUCAGUGGUCCAAGGUCCACCGGGAACUGGCAAGACCCACGUGGCUGUCGCCAUACUUGCAGCAUGGGCCAACAUCUUCGGGCCCAUGGGCGAGCGCAUCUUGGCGGUGGCAGACUCCAACGUGGCGGCAGACAACAUGUUUGUGCGAUUGCAGCAGAUGGGUGUGGAGGCCACACGAGUUGGCCAGGGCAAAGAGGUGGAGGGCAUGUCCGGCGAGGUCAUGUGGAGGGAGGUGCAACGAGCAAAGAUCGUAGUGGCCACGUGCAUCGGCAGCGGCAUGGAAAUCCUCAAUUCUAAGGCUUCAGGGGGCUUUCAGCGGGUGCUGGUGGAUGAGUGCACCCAAGCCUGCGAGCCCGCAGUGUUGGUGCCCUUGGGCCGGCAAGCUGAGCAGGUGGUGCUCAUUGGGGACCACGCGCAGUUGCCGGCCACGGUUCUCUCCAAAGCUGCGCAAAACGAGGGGCUCGGCGUGAGCCUGUUUGAGCGCAUGGUGCGGCACAACGGGUUGGAGCCCACGAUGCUACUGGAACAGCGGCGGAUGCACAGCUCCAUCGCCGACUUCCCCAACCAAACUUUCUACUCAGGCCAGCUCAUCAAUGCGGCGGAGGAUUCCGCCCUGCCGGCAGUGCCUGGCUUUCCUUGGCCCAACCCGGACUGCCGUGUGGCCUUCGUAGACGUGAGCAGCGACUCGCUCGAGGGGCGCCGGGGCUUCUCCGCCUUCAACACCGGAGAGGCGGAAGCUUUGGCCGGUGUUUUGGAGGAGAUCCUUGGCGCAGGGUACCCGCCCAACCAAAUCGCAGUGCUUACGGCCUAUUUGGCACAGAAGCAGGAGCUUAUGCGCGCCAUCCGGGACCGGGGCUUGGGGAGCUAUUUGAGCUCUAUCUCCGUGGACACCAUUGAUGGGUACCAGGGCAUGGAGCAAGGCCUGAUCCUCUUCAGCGCCACCCGCAGCAAUGAGUCCAGAGCCCUAGGAUUCCUGGCGGACAACCGCCGCAUGAACGUGAUGCUCACACGUGCAAAGCAAGGCCUCAUCGUCUUCGGCAACGCGGACACCUUGCGCAACAGCGUUGCCCCAGAGUCCAGAUGGCCGGACUGGCUGGCCUGGGCGGAAGAACGCAAGGCCGUCCUUGGCGCACACGAGGUCGCAGAAAGGAUGCAAAGUACAAGCUCCUCCCCAUCCAGAAGUCUACCUGCCGCCAGGGAGUCCGCUGCUUUGGGAGGGAACCCCUUUGAGGACCUGCAUAGCACCAGCACGGGAAGCGGCACGCGCGAGUCCGCGUCCACGGCCCAGCCCUCGCAGUCCUCGCAGUCCUCGCAGUCGCAGCCCUCGCCAGGCGACCCGUCACCUCCGCCACUGCCGCCGUUGCCGCCGCCGACGCCACCUCCUACAGUUUGGCAGCAGGUCUACUCUUCAGAGUACAAAGCUUACUACUACUGGAACAAGGAGACAAAUGUGACGCAGUGGGAGGAGCCUCCCAGUUUUGCCCCGGCGAGUUCAAUGUGAGCUUGUCAAUUUUUCUGUUUUGCCUAAAGCAGGCCUGGCUGGAAGAUAGUAGGCUAUUCAGCAUUGAGCAUGACAGGUUUUCGCAGUGUU